AUGCCAAUAUUUAAAAGUAGUAGUAGUAGUAGUAGUAGUAGUAGUAGUAGUAGUAGUAGUAGUAGUAGUAGUAGUAGUAGUAGUAGUAGUAGUAGUAGUAGUAGUAGUAGUAGUAGUAGUAGUAGUAGUAGUAGUAGUAGUAGUAGUAGUAGUAGUAGUAGUAGUAGUAGUAGUAGUAGUAGUAGUAGUAGUAGUAGUAGUAGUAGUAGUAGUAGUAGUAGUAGUAGUAGUAGUAGUAGUAGUAGUAGUAGUAGUAGUAGUAGUAGUAGUAGUAGUAGUAGUAGUAGUAGUAGUAGUAGUAGUAGUAGUAGUAGUAGUAGUAGUAGUAGUAGUAGUAGUAGUAGUAGUAGUAGUAGUAGUAGUAGUAGUAGUAGUAGUAGUAGUAGUAGUAGUAGUAGUAGUAGUAGUAGUAGUAGUAGUAGUAGUAGUAGUAGUAGUAGUAGUAGUAGUAGUAGUAGUAGUAGUAGUAGUAGUAGUAGUAGUAGUAGUAGUAGUAGUAGUAGUAGUAGUAGUAGUAGUAGUAGUAGUAGUAGUAGUAGUAGUAGUAGUAGUAGUAGUAGUAGUAGUAGUAGUAGUAGUAGUAGUAGUAGUAGUAGUAGUAGUAGUAGUAGUAGUAGUAGUAGUAGUAGUAGCAGUAGUAGUAGUAGUAGUAGUAGUAGUAUAUUUUAG